GAUCUAUCUUUAAUUAAACUAAAUAGGAUUAACCAUUUCAGUUUGUGACCAAACAUAAUGUUUGAGGAAGAGAUGAACAACUUCAUCAAGCUCUGGCUCUGCAUCACAAUAUCCCUAUGCUACUGUCAUUCCAUCGGGAAGACGAAGAUCAUUCCCAAAGGAACUGCACGCCUGCUUUGUUUCCUUCCGGUUAUCAGCUUCUUUCUUGUCGUUCCACUCAAUCUCUCCUCCCUACAUCUCGGAGGUAUCACCGCUUUCUUCAUAACUUGGCUAGCAAGCUUCAAACUCUUGCUUUUUGCCUUCGGCAAAGGCCCUUUAUUGCCUCCUAUGUCGAGAUCUUUACCUAGAUUUCUCGCUGUUGCUUGUUUGCCCAUCAAAAUCCAACAAAACCAGCCUCUAAAUGCACGAAAUGGCCAUCAAACGGUCACAAACUAUGCAAUCAAGAUUCUGCUUUUUGCCUUGCUGGUUCAUGUUUAUGAUUACAGCGACCAUAUCCAUCCUGUUAUCAUGUUGGUUCUGUAUUCUUUUCAUGUUUAUGUUCUUCUAGAGAUGGUCCUAGCGUUGGUGGCAGCCAUGGCAAAAGCUCUGUUGGGGCUGGAACUAGAGAAACAGUUUGAUGAACCAUAUCUUUCCACCUCACUGCAAGAUUUCUGGGGCAGGAGAUGGAACGUUAUGGCGACGAGUAUUUUACGACCGACGGUGUACGAGCCUGUCCGGGACACGGCUGCAUGUUUCGUCGGUCGUAAAUGGGCUCCGAUUCCCGCGGUGUUCGGGACUUUUUUCGUGUCGGGCGUCAUGCACGAGCUGAUUUUCUACUACCUGGGAAGGGUGUCGCCGACGUGGGAAAUCAUGUCGUUCUUUCUACUCCAUGCGACAUGUUUGACGGCGGAGAUUGCCGUGAAGAAGGCCGUGGUUGGGGUGAAGUGGCGGUUGCCCAGGGCGGUUUCUGGGCCGUUGACGGUUGGAUUCGUUUUGUUUACUGGCUACUGGCUCUUCUUCCCGCUGCUUCUACGAUGCAGGGCGGAUGAGAGGGCGCUUGAAGAGUACGCGGCCGUAGGCGUGUUUGUUAGGAAAAUUCUUGUGUGUUUACUGAGGCUGUAAUUCGUUAAAUUCGGUGUUUGUAGAUGUCGUUUGGGUGGUCCUACUCUUAAAUUAUUGAUGUUUUAUUUAA